AUGGCUGAAUUACCUUUUGUUGUCCCUCAAGACGCCCUGAUUGCUAUUGUGGAAGAUGCGGGAGCGGCGAUUCUCGCGGUUUAUGAAGGUGAUUUUGAAGUACAGAAUAAAGCAGACGAAUCGCCUUUGACCCAGGCGGAUCUGGCCGCCCACAAAAUCAUUGUCGCGGGCCUCCAGGCAGCGACGCCUGAAAUUCCGAUCAUCUCUGAAGAGUCAGAACCGCCUGGUUUUGACGUGCGCAGUCAGUGGCCCACGUACUGGCUGGUUGACCCCCUUGAUGGCACCAAAGAAUUUGUCAAUCGUAAUGGCGAAUUCACCGUGAAUAUCGCGUUGAUCCAUAACGGAGAAGCGGUUUACGGCAUUGUCGGUGUACCGGUUCAGCAGCGUGUCUAUAUCGGUGAUGUGGUGGCUGGCACGGCCUGGUGCCUAGAUCAGGGCCAGAUGCGUACUAUCCGCAGCCGCAAGAUGCGUGCAGGGCAAUCUGAACUGGUGGUUGUGGCCAGCCGUAGUCACGGCGGUGAGCGCCUGGAGAAUUAUCUGGAUGAGUUAGCACAGACGUUCAGCGCGCUUGAACGGCAGCCGGUCGGCAGCUCUCUGAAACUCUGUACGCUGGCGGUGGGAGACGCAGAUUUUUAUCCGCGCCUUGGCCCGACCAGUGAGUGGGAUAUUGCCGCGGCCCAUGCGGUGUUGCGUGCAGCGGGUGGUGAGGUCUACACGUUUGAUGGCAAGCUGUUGGCGUAUAACUCGAAAGAAAGUCUGUUGAAUCCUGAAUUUGUCGCGGUUGCUGAUGCGGGCUUUGACUGGUUUUCUGUGUUACCUGAUCAGCCGCCGGUUCAGAUCGAGCAUUGA